CAUUGUUGUUGUUGCUGUUUGCUAAACAGCUGUUUUUAAUUUCGCAACUUUCGGUGCGAGCAUUUUAUUUAUUUAUGUUUACGUAACUGUAAACAUUUUUGGACAUCAGCGAGCUAAACUAAAUUGUGUGUGGCAGCCAAGUGACACAAUAAUAUAACGCUAAAUGCAAUACCAAAGCAGCCGCUGACUAACGUUGCCGGCAACAACAAGUGACUGAGAGAAGCGUGCGAGAGUGAGAGAGAGAUCAAGAGAGUGAGACACCCACUCGUGUGUGAGAGUGAGUGGUCAUGAGUCGGGCAGCGCAAGACGUGCUCGGGGUGCUGCGCGGCCUGCAAUUGGUUGCGGAGGCGUGCGGACGCGAGCAUCUGGCGUUGACUAAGCAUCUGUGGAGCAAUUCGAGUCUACGCGAACUGCUCAGCGAGAAUGUGACUCAGACAACGAACUCGCUGCGUGCAGCACAACAGCAACCAGGUGUCGAGCUGCAGAAGUUGCAACAGCUGCUGCAAGAAAGUGGCGAACGUGGUUACGUAGUGGCCCAGGGAUUGUGUCAGCUGUUGGAAACAUCGAGAUUACGCUGCGAUCACUUGGCAGCCAUGCAACGCACCAACAACAACAUCAACAGCACGCAAAAUGUUGCUGCAGGUCCAGCAGCAGCAACAGUUGCUGCUACUCCCAGCAACAACGUCAGCGGUCAAGUGGAUGCUAGCCAACUGGAUAUCUCCUCUAUAACGUUGCAAGAAUUUGAGGAGAUUUUGUCGCAACGUAACAAGAAUCGCAAUGUGAGCUUGCGCACAGCAAACACUGAGAAGAAGCAGCUGCCUGCCAAGGAGACGCCUCCCGUGGAUACCUCGAAGCUCAACAAGGACACACAGUAUGUGGACAACAUAAUGCGCAUGGUAGCCAGCGACAACAGCAGCAGCACGGCAACAGCCACUGAAGCUACGCCAGGUAAGUGGCAAAUGCGCUUAGCUAAUCCUCGCCAGCUUUUAAGUCAUUUUCUCUCAUUCUCUCGUUUAGUCGCGCUACCCGAACUGAGCAAAGUGGCCAAGCAGCGUCGUGUGCCUGCCUCGCGUCUUGGUCGCAUGGCCUCGUUUGGCGGCCUCUUCGCUGGCCUAGGCAUCGGCACCAUCAACGAGCUGACCAAAGGCGCCCUCGGUUUGGGUGGCUCCACGAAUAUGCGCGAAGCGUUGCUCAGUCCGGCGAAUGCGGAACGCAUCGUGGACACGCUGUGCAAGGUGCGUGGCGCAGCGCUGAAGAUUGGGCAAAUCCUGAGCAUUCAGGACACGAAUGUAGUGUCGCCGCAGCUGGCCAAGGCUUUCGAGCGUGUGCGUCAGGCGGCGGACUACAUGCCCGACUGGCAGGUGGAGCGUGUGAUGACCACCCAACUGGGCGCCGAGUGGCGUCAACGUUUGUCCAGCUUCGAUGACAAACCAUUUGCUGCCGCCUCCAUUGGUCAAGUGCAUCGAGCCACCUUGCAAGACGGCGGCAUGGAAGUGGCUAUUAAGAUUCAGUAUCCCGGUGUGGCACAGAGCAUUGAGAGCGAUAUUGAUAAUCUGGUGGGCAUGCUCAAGGUGUGGGAUGUCUUUCCCCAAGGCUUCUUCAUUGACAACGUCGUGCGCGUGGCGAAGCGCGAGCUGCAAUGGGAGGUGGACUAUGCCAGGGAGGCGGAGUACACGGAAAAGUUUCGCCAGAUGAUUGCCCCCUAUCCGGAGUACUAUGUGCCCAGAGUGGUGCGUGAGCUGACCACGUCCAGUGUGCUUACCACGGAAUUGGUGCCUGGAGUGCCACUCGACAAGUGCUUCGACUUGAGCUAUGAACAUCGUUCGCAUAUUGCCGCCUCCGUGUUGAAGCUGUGUUUGCGCGAACUGUUCGAGAUUGAGUGCAUGCAAACGGAUCCCAAUUGGUCGAAUUUCCUAUACGAUGCGCCAAGUCGCCGACUGAUGCUCAUCGACUUUGGCUCGACGCGUUUCUAUAAGCACGAAUUCAUACGCAGCUAUCGCCAGGUGAUCAUCAGUGCGGCGCAAAAUAAUCGCCAGGGCGUGUUGGAGAUGUCACGCGAGAUGGGCUUCCUCACUGGCUACGAGACGAAGCAGAUGGAGCAGGCGCACGUCGAUGCCGUGAUGAUCUUGGGCGAGAUCUUUCGCUAUGAUGGCGAAUUUGAUUUUGGCAAACAGAAUACGACGGAACGCUUGGCCGCUUUGGUGCCCACAAUGGUGGCGCAUCGUUUGUGUCCGCCACCCGAGGAGAUUUACUCCAUUCAUCGAAAGUUGUCGGGCAUCUUUUUGCUCUGCGCUCGUCUCAAUGUGCGUAUGAAUUGUGUUCCCUUCUACAAUGAGAUCAUCUUGGGCAAGUUCAAGGAUUAAUUUGAUGGAGAUAUCAUUGGCUUCGUUUUUUUUUCUAUAUAUAACUAAGUGCUCUUAAUGUAAAUGUAUUGAAAAUAUUAUUUGUAAACCAGUUGAAAAGGGGAUGGAAUAAAACAACGUUUGAUAAAC